UGGCAACACUAGUAUGUACGUACGUUUGCGCUUGAUUCAGGUUCAGCUGUUGUCUGGUCCACGCUCUGUAUACGCGAUAACGACGACUGUGAUAUCAAGAGACGUGAAUUCUAUCCGUGGCACAAUCGAGACCUUAACGAAGGCCUCGCCGACAAAAGCCGCCAACGGCAGCGGACGUAGUGCGAUGACAGGGUUCACGGAGAGCGCCCUAGUCAAGCGACUGAUGGACUUGAAUCCAUCGCAACAGAGUAUCCAGACACUCUCACUCUGGCUGAUACAUCACAGGAAGCAUCACCCGACUAUUGUUAAGAUCUGGUUUAAAGAGAUGUGCAAAGUGAAGGAUAAUCGCAAGUUGAUGUUUAUGUAUCUGGCGAAUGAUGUCAUUCAAAAUAGCAAGAAGAAAGGACCAGAAUUUGGAAAAGAAUUUGAAACUGUUCUGCCAAAAGCCUUUGAACACAUGAAGGGUUUUGAUGAGAAAACAAGAGAGCGAUUGAAUAGGUUAUUACAAAUUUGGGAGGAGAGAGGGGUUUAUGAUAAAGCACAGAUAGCUGAAUUUAAAGCAGCUUUCGUGGAAUCUGAAAAAGACUCUGCACCACCACCAAAAAAGAAAGUAAAAACUGAAGUAGAAAAAAUAAAGAAAGACAAGAAGGAGAGAAAAAAAUCGGAAACAGAGAUAGAGGUGGACGGCACCAAAGAGCUUCAUGUAACACUGAGUCCAAGGACUCCCGGCGGCGAUCCACCAGAAACCGAGGAGCUCAUCAAAGCCUUAAUGGAUCUGGAAAACACCGCGUCCUCAGAUGCUGGUGUCAGGGAGCGUAUCGCGUCUUUACCACCGGAAGUCUCGGAGGUUUCACUGCUCGCAAAUCUUGCUGAUCGCACAGCCGCAGAUCAGUUGAGCGCGGCAGUGAACGAGGCUGCCGCCCUUCUCGCCGACUACAACGGACGGUUACAAGCCGAGAUGGAAGACAGAAGGAGACUGCUAACGAUGUUGCGGGAUUAUACUCUGGCGCAGAGACAACUACUUCAACAGGCUCAAAGCACUUUAGAAGAUUAUAAAGAAAAACUUAAGAAGGUGUGUACGGUUCGGUCGGAGGUGAAGUCUCACAUUUCUAAUCUUCCCGAUUUAACACAACUGCCCGAUGUGACUGGCGGCCUGGCACCUCUUCCCUCCGCCGGCGAUCUGUUUUCCAUGCACUAGUGCUAAAUCUAGGAACGCACUUGAGCAAGCGUGACGUUUAUAUAGUCAUCACUUCGAUUUACGUGGAUAAAGGUGAAAAUCGUCGAAAAAGAUCCAUAGUACAAUAGAUUUGUACGACGAUUUGAAGGAUCACAGUCGACGAUAACUUUGUACUGUAGAACAUUUGAUAAAUUCAAUGUACAUUAUAUACACACAUACAUAUACACACAGGAUGGAUCAUUUUAAUUAAUACAGUUAAUUUUAUCUGAAAUUAUUGAUAAAAAAUGUUUUAAGACAUUCGUGUUCGUGUUCUAGGCACAUGUUAUCAAACUGGAAAGGAUUCCGAUCAGAAUUAUUCUGUUUUUCAUGAAAAAUUAAUAGUUUUUUAUAUUUCAUGGCAAAAUAUAUCAGAAUAAUGAAUAAAAUAUCUCGUAAACUAUUGAGUUUUCGAUAUUUUUAUACUCAGAACAAUUAGAGUAAACAGAUUAUAUAAGAAAUUAAACAAAUCCAUUGAAAAAAAUGCCAAUGACCAUCUUUUUGGGGCCUCCAACUAGAAAAAAAACGUCACCAAAAUACGUCUCCCUCAAAAUCGUUUCACUUUUAUCUAAAACAUUUCUUUGUAUUAUCAGUUAUUUUAGAAAAAAUUGACUAUAUUGAUUAAAUGAUUCAUCCUAUGCAUGUGUGUUGCGCGCGCGCAACCGUAUCAGGCUGAUUUCUUAAAAAACAUAUAUUUGUUUGAAAAAUAUUUCAGACACCAAUUAUAGGGUUUUAAAUGACUCAUUACAUAAUAGUACGAGUAUGACCUUAAAUAACAUUGUCAGAAUCUCGUAAAGCUCACAUUGAAACUUUUAAAUAAAAAUCCCCCCUUUUUUUUAAUUGCAUAUUCUAAUUUUAAAAACUCGACGUUGUGUUUUUGUGUAAUUUACAUGUCUGGAGACUCCAAUUUCACAAGUACAGAUUGUAGAGCUUUUAUAUCAAACAAAUAUUGUCACGAUUUGACAACUUUAGACGCAUAUUUAUUUAAAAAAUGAUCUAAAUUAAAAAAACUUUUUUAUUCUUUGUAUAAAGUCCACACUGCAGACAUGUAUUAAUGCAUAUACUUUAAUUGUGAAAUAGAAUUUCCAAAUCUGUAAAAGUAUACAUGUGAAAAGUUGUCAGAAAAUUAUUGUAUUUAAUAAGUAAAACAGGACAAACUUUACGAUCCCCUUAAGUGAAACUUAAAUGUGUCUGUCUUUAUUUAUUUAAAAAGAAAGACAUAUACGUGUUUAAAUUUUGAUUAAAACCACAAUAACGUUGCUGCAGUCAGUAUUUUCUUUCAGGGCAAAAACCUGAUUCAACCAUUAGGAUUCACCCUGUACACACACACACACACACACAUGCGCGCGCGCAUGCACACACACAAUCCCCGUGAUUAUGUGCGUAAAGAACGAAACGGGGAAGUACUGAUGGAAUGAGACGAAAGUUAUUGAGGCUGUUGCUUGAGAGUAAUGUUCACAAUUAUUUGUUCGGGAAGAAAAUAAGAAUUUUUUAUUUAUACAUGUACUUAUAUAAAUAAGAAAUUCUUAUAACUACAUGGAUACCAUUAUAUAUCAAAUACGAAUAAACUCGAUAAAGAAAAAUCUAUUGUAUAUUGUAAAUCUCCAUUUUGUACUUUAAAUGAGGACGAGUUGCCUAAUUCUUUUUUUAAUCCUUUUUCGCGAAACUGCGUACAGUAUCUAAGUAGGCUAACAAAUUCAUUUUUAUGAAAUAAAUUGUUACAGAAGAGAAGGUAUAUAUACACAUACACACACAUAUGUAUAUGUAUGUAUGUAUGUACAUACGUAUGUAUAUUCUAACGACAUGAGAGAAAACGAUGUUCUUGCACUGCAAUGUGUCGCAAAUUUGGAAAAUUUGAAACAUCUCGUGUAAGACAUGUACAAUUUAUUUUGUAUGCUAUCAACAAUCUAUCUCAUAUAAACGGCGCAUAUAAUCAAAUUUCUUGUUACGAAAACUGUAAAAUGCUUAAAAGUAAAGCAUUUUGUAAACAUUCAGUUUGUAAUCUAUUUGGUGAAAUAAUCACAAAAUUAGAAUUGAUACAUUAACCGAGGCUUUCCAAGGCUUUCACAACAAGGUGUACACGUAUGUACACACGUAUUUGGAAAAAAUGAUGGUGUGCAGUAUUUUAUACAUUUUACUUUGUGCAUUGAAUCUCUACUAUAAUUGUUACGGACAUCUUACAAAAUAUUUUUCGAAUACGCAAUCCAUCGACAGAUGCAUUGAAGAUAGUGCUCCGAGAGAUUGUGUAACUAUCAUUGUAUAUAUUAAGCGGUCUCUAGACACUCAAUAUUAUUGUACAAUAAUAUUCCUUAGAAUUCAAUAUAAAUGAUUUUUAGAUACUCAUUAAUAUUGCACAAUAUUACUGAUCAUCUGUAGACUGUAUUAAUGACCUGUGCAAUACAUUGUGUCAAGCAAAAGUUUUUUUAAAUAUAUUGUGCAAUUUGUAAAAUAUUAGGCUGUCUGUGGGUACUAUUGCAUAAUAUUUU